CUUCUCUAAAGUCAAACGCAUAACAAUAACAAUCAAUGGAGAAAAAUCUCUCUCUCCGACCGUUCGAACUGGGGGACGUAAAAGAGUUAUUGAAAUGGGCGGGGGACGAACGAGUGACGAGGUACCUCCAGUGGCCGAGACUGACGACAGAGGAAGAGGCCUUUGCGUUCGUAAGGGACGUGUGUCUGCCUCACCCCUGGCGUCGAUCCAUCUGCCUCCGCGACCGUUCCAUCGGUUUCGUCUCGGUCUUUCCUGAAUCCGCCGAGAACAAUUUCAAAGCGUAUUUCGGAUAUGGAUUGUCAUAUGAACAUUGGGGUAAAGGAAUAGCAACAAGAGCUGUGGAAAUGGCAGUGUCCGAAGUCCUCAAGGACUUGCCUCAUCUGCUUAGGCUUCAAGCCUUUGUACAAGUGGAGAACAAAGCCUCCCAAAGAAUUCUUGAAAAGACUGGUUUUCAAAGAGAGGGUUUGCUCAGGAAGUACAUUUCCCUCAAGGGUCAAAUUCAUGACGUGUUUGUUUAUAGCCUCUUGCCCUCUGACCUUCCUCUUGUAUAUUCCUCAAAUGUUUCCACAAUUAAUUAGAGAGAUACUGUAAUCUAUUCUAUAUUUGUAUUUUAUUUAUUUGUUACCAUAUGACCUAUGUUGUUUGAAAUGUUGAUAAAAAAGUAUGAAGUUA